CAAAGCCUCAGUAUCGAAAUAAGAAUUUAGUCAGUCAGAAAAAUAAAGGGCGUCAACAUGUCUCUUGUCGCAGAUGAAGAGUGGGCCGAAUACAAAGCGAAAUUCAACAAGAGCUACGAGGCUGCGGAAGAUCUAAUGCGACGGGAUCUGUACGAGAAGGCCAAGGCGAAAGUGGUCGAGCAUAAUCGAAAAUAUGAUAGCGGCGAAGUAACUUGGAAAAUGGCAAUCAAUCAUUUGUCGGACGACACCGAAGAAGAAUUUGCCAAGCGUUGCGGCAAGAGGACACCUCCAAAGUAAAGUAUGAAUUCCAUGAAUCUCAAUGAAAGUGCAUUUUACAAUGGCUGCAAACGGAAUAUUCUCUAUUUUUAUAAAUAUUUGUAUCUGUAUGUUUUUACCCAACAAACAAUAAAUUAAUCAAUAAAUCAGCUGUUCCACAAGUGAAA